AGAGCGGGCGCCGGAUGUUUGGCCGCCAGAUCCGAUUGUAAGAGCACCGGCGCUCUGCGGAUCGGCGGGCGGCCGGCCGGCCGGCCCGGCGCGGGGGGGCACACGUGCUUGAACGGUAGCCGGCAGCGGGGCGGUGAACGAGAUUUGAUAAACGCGUCAUUCGGUGACGGGCUGGCGCGGCGGGCGGUGGCGGCUAGAGACGUGCCAGAGGACCGAGGACUCGAGGAUCGGAGGAACGACAGGACGACUGGAGGACGAAGGGAGGACUAUCAGCGACUCUUACGGCAGAGGAAAGAUGACCAAGCCGGCGAAGACGGCGUCAGUGGGCGGCGUUGGCGCCCCGCUGUCUCGCCUGUGCGUGACCCCGGCGGCGGCGGCGGCGGCAGCCGGAGGCGCGCCCCUGUGGCCCGGCCUGGCCUCCUUCCCGGGCUACUCGCCACUGUUUGUGCAGCAUCUGCUCAGCCUGCAGGCGGCCGGCACCAGCCUGUUCGCCGCCGCCGCCGACACGGCCGACGACGAGCCGCUCAACCUGACCGUCGGCGCCGCCGACCGCGACCGGGUCAAGGCCGCGCCGGCGGGGGGCGGGGCCGAGCGCGCGGCGACCAAUGGCAGCACGCCGAGCGCGCAGCCCAUCCAGCGGGUCAGCCCGGCCGGCCAGAAAGAUCGGCCUCUGAAGAAGCGGAAGGGAGGCCCUGACGAGCCGGAGGGAAAGCGGAAGAAGGCGCGCACCACCUUCACCGGUCACCAGAUCUUCGAGCUGGAGCGGCAGUUCGAGAUCAAAAAGUACCUCGGCUCCGCGGAACGCACAGAGAUGGCCAAACUGCUGGACGUUACGGAGACACAGGUGAAGAUCUGGUUCCAAAACCGCCGCACCAAGUGGAAGAAGGCCGAGCUGGAGGCGGCUGCUCUGAAGGCGGCCGCAGCCAAACAGUCGGGCGCUGCCGACACUCCGUCAGACUUUGCGAGUGACACCAAGGCGCCUGCUGAGGGUCUCAAAGGCUCCCCUGUCAGUAAGGCAGUCAGCCCGAGGGACAACGCUGAGUGCAAACAGCCAACAGUUGUACCGAACGUCGAGAAAUCGACCGUGGUGCUGGACACAGUAGCUGAAGAAGAGAAGACUGCAGUGGCGACUGAGGGAAGCGAUAAGUCCAGUGGCAGCCCGGCUGCAGUUACCCGUUCUGAAGGCAAGGCGAGCAGCCCUUCCCCUUCUGCUGCUGUGGACGCUACCAGUGGACCGCAGAAUCAAGCCAGCCUCGUGGAGCAGAACCACAAAGACUCCACCCCUGCCGGGAAGAGCCCAUCCCCGGCCCCCAGCUCCGAUGGCGAGAUCGGCAGCCCUUCGGCGGACAACAGCCGCGACUCGACCUCAGCGCCGUCUACCGGCCGGGAUUCACAGACUGACGUUCCGGCUUCCGUCGCCGGUGGCGCCACCAUCCAGCCGACUGCCGGGCGACUGCUGGCCAGCGCUCUCGGUGUUCCCACGGGAGGGCGCCACCGGAGCGGGAUCGCCAAGCUCGAGCGGCUGGUGUUUCAGCGAGAGCGAGAGGCCGCCCUAUGUGGAGAGAGCUGAGCUGGCCGGCUGACGGAGCUCCCUGGACCAGAUGAGCGCGGAAUGAACUCGUAAGCGAGUGGAGUAGAUUCGCCGGAGCAUCGCUGCCCGGCUCGACAAAAUGCAGCAUCAGACUGUUUAUGGUGCAACUCGAUGAGAGGUCGAGUGAGGGUGUUGAUAACAUGAUAGGUUAAGUUGUUGAGUUGAGUACUUGUACUUAUUGCUAACAUUGUUUAAACUAUACUAAUCAUGUAUCGCCGUUCAGUAAUUUCCCAGCAGCACAACGUUGUAACUGUCUUAUCCUGUUUAUCUGUACAAACUACAAACAAAGUUAGCUCGCUUCAAGUCUACAGUAAUGGCUCUGAACUGACCCGAUAAAGACAGAACAACAGUUGAUGUCGACAAACUGUGUUGCAUCAAACACAUUUAGUUGCAAUGUAACAGUAUGAGAGUGAACAAAACUAACGAGGCAUGAGUAUGAGCUUUGUCGCGCGUACUUUCACUUAAAAAGUCCGCAAGUGAAUUGUUUAGCCAACUUUAUGACCUUCAGUGACCUGUUAAUUGUCGUUUGUUUGUCUUAUUUAUGGCGCGUAUGCAGAGUGAAAGUAUUUCCAGCCAUUUAAUUUACGCAUGCUGCGAGUCGCGGCCGUGAAUAGAGGCGGUCGUUUACAGCGUUGUAACAUGUUUGCAAUAUUUUGUUGUGUUGCCCAACGGCAGAGCAAUAGUGCACCUAAUACCCAGUGCCCAGGACCACUUGUAUGACCAAGAUCGCACAGUGUAACACAUACAUUACGGUCCCAUGCUAGUAAACGUGUGUUUGAGCUUGUAAAUAUGCAAUUUGUUAAUAAAUCGUAUCAUCGCGA